CUUGAAGUGUUGAAGGGAGCAUGGCGGCGUGAUCACUAAACCCAGGGGAGGCAGGCCCGGGGCGAGACAGGGCGCCGUAUAGAGAGCGGUCAGCCCCCGUUGCGAUCAAUCCACGUGGCUCGUACUCAGGCGGACAUCAGUAUUUGUUGUCUUCGUCUCCUUUCAUCGGCUCUUCAAAUGCAUUCGCUUCCGGUUUCUUCACAGUCUCCUAAGCACAUCUCGUUUAACGGGCGCCAUGAACUUCGUCGGAAAACUCAUUUUCUCCUCGAUUUGCCGCCUUUGAAGUCAAGCUUCUGCUGAAAUUUCCACCCUUUUGCCACAGGCAUCAGCUGAUAGGUGUUUGUUCAAUGGACUGUUCGGAGGAGGAAUUGGGGGAGAAGAGACUGAUCAAGAAACGCGAACUGGUUAGGCUCAUCAUUCAGUCUCUCUAUUCACUAGGCUAUAGGAAGUCUGGGGAGUGUUUAGAAUCUGAGUCUGGAAUUUCUUGCAAAUCCGCCGAGUUUGGAGCUCUCGAGUCGAAAGUUGUGGAUGCAAAUUGGGAUGGAUGUUUCGAGCUCAUUAAUGGACUAGAGGGCUUAGCUGAUGAGCAGAGAGCUUCGGCCUUAGUCCUUGUUCUUCAGCAGUGUUUGCUAGAAUGCUUGAAAAAUGGGGAUGAUUCUGCAGCAUUGAAGUUGUUAAGGAAACAGAUCGCUCGCUUAAAAGUUGGGAAAGAGAAUGUUUCUAGACUUGCUUAUGAGUUAAUCUCUCCCAAGGAAUCGGGGACGGAUUUAGUGUCAAACAUGAGGGAGAAACUCGUGACUGAACUCGAAAAUGUGCUUCCACCUCCCAUCACAUUGCCUCCAAGGCGGUUAGAACGUUUGGUUGAAAUGGCUAUCAGUUCUCAGAUCGAUAGCUGUAUUUACCAUAGCAUUUCUUCUGUUUCACUUUAUGAAGAUCAUCAUUGUGACCGUGCUCAGUUUCCUACGAGGACUUCUCAGAUUUUAAGCAAUCAUGGAAAUGAGGUUUGGUACGUCCAGUUUUCAAAUAACGGGGAGUACUUGGCAUCAUCGUCGAGUGACUGUUCAGCAAUUAUCUGGAAGGUUCCGUGUGAUGAUGGUGAGGUGACGAAGAAGCAUGCAUUGUUGGGUCACACGAAACCGGUGUCCUCGGUGUCAUGGAGCCCCGAUGACACCAUGUUGCUGACCUGUGGAAACAUGGAAGUUGUCAAACUCUGGGAUGUGGAAACUGGCACCUUCAAGCGCACAUUUGGCGAUGAUGACAUCAUUGUGAACUCCUGUGCCUGGUUCCCAAAUUCUAAACGCAUUGUCUGCGGGAGUUCAGACCCUGAGAACGGCAUAUACAUGUGGGACUGUGAGGGCAACGAGAUCAAAGUGUGGAAAGGGAUGCGGAUGCCUAAGGUUUUGGAUCUUGCUGUCACGCCAGACGGGGAGAAUCUUAUUAGUGUAUUUGCUGACAAAGAAAUCCGGAUACUAAACGUGGGAACAAACAGCGAACGCAUCAUUGCAGAGGAGCAUCCAAUCACUUCCCUUUCAGUAUCUGGGGAUGGUAAAUUCUUUAUUGUAAACCUAAACAGUCAGGCGAUCCAUAUGUGGGAUGUUGCAGGCGAAUGGGUGACGCCAACCAAGUACGAAGGCCACAAACAACAUCAAUAUGUGAUCCGGUCCUGCUUUGGAGGGUUGAAUAGCUCAUUUAUUGCCAGUGGCAGUGAAGACUCAAUGGUUUACAUAUGGAAUCGAAAAAACAGCAAGCCCCUCGAGAUCUUAUCUGGGCAUUCGAAGACUGUGAACUGUGUGAGCUGGAACCCGAGGAGACAUCAAAUGUUAGCAUCGGCAAGCGAUGACCAGACAAUUCGUAUAUGGGGACCGAGCACCAGUACUAGCUAAGCGACAACAACAAUCUCUUCUC